AGUAUCAUGUUUUGCAGUGAAUCAAAUGUACACAAUUGAUACGAUUUUUUAGACUCCAAGUGAUUAAUCAAUUAAAACCAUAAACAUCAAUUAGGAUAGUGUAGUGCAAUUGUUAAUAAUGGAGCGUCUGAUGGCGGUGACAACAUUCCAAAAAGCGAUUGAUUCGCUCAAAACAACGGAAUGCAGUCAAAAGGAGAAACUAGCAUUGUUUGCGCAAAUCUCGGAUUGUAUACAAUCGCCAGCCCUACGUGGAAAUGUAAAUUAUUUGAGUCUUAUUAGCAAUGCCGUUUCCAUUUUGUUAAUGUUUUGUGAAGACAUCGACUCGGUUGUUCGUAUGAGUGCUGAAGAAAAUCUAAAUCGAAUCAUUCGAUUUUCAACGCCAUCAAAUGUUGUUCAAUUCCAAUACGAUCUCUUCCAAGAGAUAAAAUGCAAUGGCAACGACCGGUCGCUAGGGAUUGCUUUAAAUCUCUUUGGCCAUUACGCCCACAUGAUAAAACAGCGUAAAGUGAAACCGUACGCUCUCAAUCUGCUGCCGUGCAUUCUGUCCAUUUCACAGCGAAAAGAACAACAGCUCAUCGAAACCUUAUCGCAUUUUCUGGAGAAAUUCUGCACAUAUUUUCAUAUCAGUCUCACCGAAAAUGAAGUUUCAAAUUUGAUUGAGUUCUUCCUAAAGGAUGCUAUCAAUUCCGAGUGUGCAGUGAAAGUUGCGGAAGUUAUGUCGAAAUAUGCCUUAACACUAUGUCUCGAUAAUCUUGUAAAAGUCUUUACAUUGAACACAAUUGUGGGUGCACUGGGUCUAUUUCGUGUUUUAUUGCCGAAAAUUUUAUCAUUCGAUUCGCUAGAACUGUGUGUCGUUCACAAGAUAAUUGAAAUCUAUGAGAUUUGCUUGCAUUGGCUGGGUGACAGUAUACUACUAAAGAAAUCAGACGUGGAUGUGCUAUCGAGCACGGUGAAGGACCUGGAUUAUAGUGAAUCAGAUGCAUCGAAUGUUUUGGACUAUGUGACUGCACACAAUGCAUCACUGGAUGACAAGGGCUUACUCACCGGUAGUGACAUAGAGCUAGAUUCUUUGUGUCUGAAUGACUUUGAGCUGUGCCAAAGCAACGAAUCACUUGUACAAUUUUCGGAGACAAAUUCACCGGCCAUCAAAAAAACGGCACAAGAUACCCAUCCGCUGAAGAGUCAAAAGUCGACCGAUUCAAUUGGAUCGUUUUCGAACACACUGCAGUGCAUGAUGCAUCCGAAUACAGAAUCGGUAACGAAAUUCUUCCGGGUUGGUUCACUUGGCCAACAGUCCGAUACACCAGUUUCAUGUUUGGACGACGAUUUAAAUCAAACCGACACAAAUAUGUCCGAAAUGUCAGACGGUAGCAUGUUGUCAUUGAACUCGUCUGCAUUGGGCACAUUUGAUAUGCUCAACAAAACCGAUGACUCAAUACCCGAAAUUGAAAUACUGAACGAUCAAGAAAUAGCCACAAUUCGACUUGAAGCCGAUGAAGUAAAUCAAGAGAAAAUCGAUGAAGUGGAUCAAACGGUGGACGCUUCUUCGGCUACUCAUUUCGAAACCAUUGACCGUGAAAUACUUAUUGGCAACAUUGCGAAUCAACCGUUAAUCUACUACACGGUACGUUUGAUUGCAUCGAAAUUUCUACUAAUCGGAGUACCGUAUAAGCUAAAUGACGACUGUGAUGUUCGAGUGUCGAUAAAAAACUUGUCUCUGGCUGUGAUUUGUCAUUGCAUCGCAUUAUGCCCACAAACACUGUUGCUUUCACUUCAGUACAGUGGACCGGAUUUAACAUUUGAACAUGACUCUGAUAGUGAAUCGGAAUGCUCAGAUAAGGAGUCACCAUCGAAAACAAAACCAAACAAUGAACCAGCGGAUCAACUGAAUAUCAAGGAUGACCAUUUCGGAGAGAAUAGCAAAGUGCCAAACAUAUAUUUUGACUUCUUCUUUCCGCUUAGUAAAAGUGCCGAUAAUGUGCUUCUAUCGCGACUCAACUCGGAUAACAUCGGCGGAGAAAAUGCACGAUGGACACAGAAGCUAAUCGGUGACCUGUCGGAUUGGCUAUCAAAAUCCGAUAUUUUGGAUUCAAAGCCGUCGUACAGAGACUUUUAUGUGACGGCAGACACAAGCUCAAAUUUAAAUGACAAAUCCCUAAGCAACCAAGCACUCAUUCAAUCAAUAACUGAUGGAUUACUGCAAUUCAUUGAAGACGUUCUACUCUAUUGGAACCAUACCGACCCCGUUCUCAGAGCCAACAUACAAUUAUUGACCGGGAAUUUUCUGUGACAACCAUUAACUACGAUGCUCUUGGAGACAUCUUCGGACAAGUCAAGGGUCAGGUGUAUAAGAAUUGAUUUGUAUCACACAUGUAUGCAAUGCUAGGAGAUUCUGAUGCACGCAUUCGCAACGAGGCAGCUGCUGCCAUCUUUGAGUUCAACACAUUACAAUCGAUGCGAAAAAGCAAUAUAGCACAUAAAUAUUCGGAAAAUUAUCUAACAAUUAAAUUCGUUGCUGAUACACUUUGGGACGAAGUACCAAUUUCAUUGGACAAGGAUUAAUCCUUAUGGUAUUUUGGCUGGAUUUCAACCAGCAUUGCAAUGCACCGACUCGAAACUCAAACACGACGACGAAGCGAUGCGAUUCGACGUGUGUGAUGCACAUCAAAACUACCUGCAGACAGGAAAAAAAGAAGAAACAAUUUUUGGCCCUAAAAAUACUCAAUUGAGGUAACGUUAACGUUGUUGUCGUUUUUUUCCUUCUCUUGGAUCAUUUUCAACCCUAGGCUCUUAAAAUAUUUAAUUUAUUGUGGAAAUAACAGAUG